GGAUACCAGGGGUACCGGGACGGGUACAACGACGUGGCCGUGGGGGCCCCGCUGGGGGCCGAGGGGCGCCGCGGGCUCGUGUUCAUCUUCCGCGGGGGCGGCGCGGGGCUGCGGGCCCGGCCCGCGCAGCUGCUGCGGGGCGUGGGCGCGCCCCGGGGCCAGCCCGACUUCUUCGGGGCCGCCCUGCGCGGGGCCAGCGACCUGGACGGCAACGGCUACCCGGAUCUCCUGGUUGGCGCCUUCGGGGCGGACGCCGUCGUGGUUUACAGGGGCCGCCCCAUUGUCCAGGCCAGCGCCACCCUGGUCAUUGUCCCCACCAUGUUCAACCCUGAGGAGCGCGGCUGCGUCCUGCCCGGCGGCCAGCACGUGUCCUGCAUCAAUGUCACCUUCUGCCUCAACGCCUCCGGACGUCACCUGCCCGGGCCCAUCGGGCUGGCGCUGGAGCUGAGCGUGGACGGGGCCAAGGCGGGGGGGGCGCGGCGCGCGCUGUUCCUGGGGGGGGGCGCGGGGGGGGCGCCCCCCUCCCCCACCCGGAACCUGUCCCUGGAGGUCCCCAACGGGGGCGCCCCCCGGUGCCGGACCCUGCCCGUGUUCCUCAGGAACGAGUCCGAGUUCCGGGACAAGCUGUCGCCCAUCCCGGUGUCCCUGAGCCUGGCCCUGGACCCGGCCGUGUCCCCUCCCCCACCGGGGCUGUCACCGCUGCUGGCCCCGGCCACCCGCACGCGCCUGGAGGCCAAGGCCCACAUCCAGCUGGACUGCGGCGAGGACAACGUCUGUGUCCCUGACCUGCAGCUCGAGGCCAGCGCGGACCGCCGGGCCGUGUACCUGGGGGACAGGAACAGCCUCAAUGUCACCUUCGUGGCGCGGAACGUGGGCGAGGGCGGCGCCUACGAGGCCGAACUGCUGCUGCGGCCCCCCCCGGGGGCGCUGUACUCGGGGGUGCUGCGGCCCCACGGGAAUUUCUCGGCCCUGAGCUGUGAGCUGGGGGGGGGCAACGGCUCCGACCCCCUGAUCUGCGACCUGGGGAACCCCAUGAAGGCGGGGGCCAGCAUCCGGGGGGGGCUGCGCUUCACCCUCCCCCACCUGAGCGACAGCAGCGGCAGCGUCACCUUCGAGCUGCAGAUCCGCAGCAAGAACGCCAACAACUCGCAGAGCCCCGUGGUGGCCGUGGCGCUGGCGGUGAGGGCGGCCACCAGGGUGUCCGUGCUGGGGGUGUCCCGGCCCGACGUUGUCACCGUCCCCGAGGGGGGGUGGGGACCCGACCCCCCCCAGCGGCUGCAGGACCUGGGGCCACCCGUGGAGCACGUCUACGAGGUGGUGAACGAGGGUCCCAGCGCCAUCAGCCAGGGCACGCUGGAGCUCAGCUGUCCCCUGGGCCACCGCGGCCACCCCCUGCUCUAUGUCACCGGCCACUCGGGGCUGCACAACUGCUCGGCCAGCCACGGCAGCGACCCGCUGCGCCUGGCGGAGCGGGAACAGAGCCCCGGGCCGCACGUCCUGCAGCGCCGGGACAUCGGGGACAUUGGGGACAGCGGGGACACGCUGGGCUGUCCCGAGGCCGAGUGUUUCCGCCUGAGCUGCCCCUCGGGGGGGCUGGAGCGGCAGCAGCGCGUCACCCUGAGGCUGAGCUUCCGCCUGCGGACCCCCCCCCUGCGCCAGCCGCAGCUGUGGCCGCUGUCCCUGCGCUGUGACGCCGAGUUCCGCGUGCUGCGGCUGCCGUACCGCCUGCGGCCCGAGGGGUACCCCCGCCACCGCCUGCAGGUGGUGACAGCGCUGUCGCGGGCCCGGCCCGAGGCGGGGGCGGGGGUCCCGGUGUGGGCGGUGGCACAGGACAGGGUGGCACAGGGUGACACUGUGGGUGUCCCUGUCCCUGCCCAGGUGGUGACAGCGCUGUCGCGGGCCCGGCCCGAGGCGGGGGCGGGGGUCCCGGUGUGGGCGGUGGUCCUGGCGGUGCUGCUGGGGCUGCUCCUGCUCGGCCUCCUCUGCUACGGCCUCUACAAGUUGGGUUUCUUCAAGCGCUCGGGGCCCUACGGCACCGCCAUGGAGAAGGCGCAGCUGAAACCGCAGGCGGCCUCCGAGGCCUGAGGGACACCCGGGGGUGACAGGGACACCCCUGGGGACAGGGACACCCCAGGGGACACCCCAGAGCCUGGGGACAUCUCCAUGGCUUGGGGACAUCCCACGGCUCCAGGACAUCCCCGGAUCUGGGACACUUCCCAGCUUGGGGACUCCCCACAAGGACAAUGUCACCUGCGUGGCCGUGUCACCUGCGUGGCCGUGUCACCUGCGUGGCUGUGACACCUUCAUGGCCGUGUCACCUGCGUGGCCGUGCCACCCACCUCAGUGACAUCCCCCACUCCACGCCCCCGGCUGGGGACACCCACGGUGCCCCCCCACACACUGGCACGGCCACCACCGCGUUAGGGACAUUGUCACAGAAUUGUCACCGCGUUGGGGACAUUGUCACAGAACUGCCACCAGGCUCAGGACACUGUCUGAAUUGUCACCAGGCUGGGGACACUGUCACCGAACUGUCACUGUGCUGGGGACACUGUCCCAAAACUGUCUCCGGGCUCAGGACACUGUCCCAAAGCUGUCACCCGGCUCAGGACACUGUCACCGCUCUGGGUGUGUCACACGCCCAGGACAUGUCCCCGUGGCACAGCUGCCACCACCGGGCUGGACUGGAACAACCCGGGAUGUGCCACCACCAGGAACUGUCACCACCAGUGGCAAUUGUCACCGCCAGACCGGGAGCUGUCACCUGUGGGAAUUGCCACCAUGGGACUGGGAACUGUCACCGCCAGCCCGGGAACUGCUGGCACAUGGGGUGACACCGAGCUGGCACCGACACGGACGCGGCAGGGGACACGGGGACACCGGCAGGACACUGAAGGGACACUGCCGGGACACCAGGACGCUGCAGGGGACACCGAGGGGACACCAGGACGCGUCCCCAGCGCUGUCACUCCCCCCGGGACAGGACCUGUGGGUGGGCAAACCCCGCUGGCACCUGGUGGCGGUGUCACAGUGUCACAGUGUCACAGCGUCACAGCGUCACCCUGUCCCAGCGCGACCCGGGACGCUGCCACCCGCUCCCCGUGCCACCCGCUGCCACCCCCUGUCCCCCGGUGCCACCGCCCCGCACUGCCCCCCCCACCUCACUUUGCACUGACCCCGAGUUUGGGGGGCAGCCUCGACGCCCCUGUCCCCAAGUGUCCCCAGGGUGUCCCCAGGGUGUCCCCGGGGUGUCCCCAGGGUGUCCCCGGGGUGUCCCCGGGGUGC